CUUUCCCUGCGAAGCGGCCUCUGGGGCAGAAGAAGGAGGUGGAGGCGGCGGUGGUGGCCGUUGCAGCGGCGUCGGCAGCAGCGCGAGAGGCGGGAGCCCGGGGCGGCGGCACCCGAGGCCCAUCAAAGAGCUGGAGCUGUGCAUCUCGGCUCACGGCGCGGACCGGACGGGGGCGCCGACGUGCGUGCUCGUGGCUUGCCUUUUCCACGGGAGGCGGGAGUGAGGAGGAAAAAAAAAAGGCUGAGGGCCCAGGGGGCGGGGAAGGGGGGCCGGGCCUGAAUCCGGCGGGGAGGCCGAGCCGGAGGCCAGACUGAGUGGCUCGCGCGCCCGUCCCCGGGCUCGACGAACGUGGGCGGAGGGUGCACAGCGGGGGCACCUGGCGGCGCUCCGGGGGGCGCCAUGGCGUCCGUGCAAGCGUCCCGCCGCCAGUGGUGCUACCUGUGCGACCUGCCCAAGAUGCCGUGGGCCAUGGUGUGGGACUUCAGCGAGGCCGUGUGCCGUGGAUGCGUGAAUUUCGAGGGCGCGGACCGCAUCGAGCUGCUCAUCGACGCCGCCCGCCAGCUCAAGCGCAGCCACGUGCUCCCUGAGGGCCGCUCGCCGGGACCCCCGGCUCUCAAGCAUCCGACCUCCAAGGACCUGGCCACCACGGGCUCCCAGGGCUCCCAGUUGCCACCCCCGCAGGCCCAGGCGCAGCCAUCGGGGACCGGAGGUAGCGUCUCAGGCCCGGACCGCUAUGACAGGGCUACUUCAUCCAGCCGCCUGGCGCUGCCUUCGCCGGCUUUGGAGUACACCCUGGGGUCUCGCCUGGCCAACGGGCUGGGCCGCGAGGAGGCCGUGGCGGAAGGGGCACGCAGGGCUUUGCUUGGCUCCAUCCCCAGCUUGAUGCCCCCCGGGCUGCUGGCAGCUGCAGUGUCUGGCCUCGGAGGCCGAGCCUUGACGCUGGCACCUGGCUUAAGCCCCGCUCGUCCACUUUUCGGCUCUGAUUUCGAGAAGGAGAAGCAGCAGAGGAAUGCGGACUGUUUGGCAGAACUGAACGAGGCCAUGAGGGGCCGGGCGGAGGAGUGGCAUGGGCGUCCCAAGGCUGUGCGAGAACAGCUAUUGGCGCUGUCCGCCUGUGCCCCUUUCAAUGUCCGCUUCAAGAAGGACCACGGGCUGGUGGGAAGGGUGUUCGCCUUUGAUGCCACUGCCCGACCUCCUGGCUACGAGUUCGAGCUGAAGCUCUUCACUGAAUACCCCUGUGGUUCUGGCAAUGUGUAUGCAGGGGUCCUUGCGGUGGCUCGCCAGAUGUUUCAUGAUGCUCUUCGAGAGCCGGGCAAGGCCUUGGCCUCAUCGGGCUUCAAGUACCUCGAAUAUGAACGCCGCCAUGGCUCAGGGGAAUGGCGCCAGUUGGGAGAGCUGCUUACCGAUGGGGUCCGCAGCUUCCGAGAGCCUGCUCCUGCGGAGGCCCUGCCCCAGCAGUACCCAGAACCGGCCCCAGCUGCUCUGUGUGGCCCACCACCUCGAGCCCCAUCCCGGAACCUGGCACCCACGCCUCGCCGGCGCAAGGCAUCCCCUGAGCCCGAGGGCGAAUCAGCUGGGAAGAUGACUACAGAGGAACAGCAGCAGCGGCACUGGGUGGCACCAGGUGGUCCAUACUCUACAGACACACCUGGUGUACCCUCACCCAUUGCUGCCCUCAAGAAUGUAGCCGAGGCCCUGGGCCACUCACCGAAGGACGCUGGUGGGGGUGGAGGCUCUGUGCGUACAGGUGGCGCUAGCCCGGCAGCUUCCUCCACGACCCAACCACCAACCCAGCAUCGCCUGGUGGCGCGCAACGGAGAGGCAGAAGUUAGCCCCACGGCGGGGGCUGAAGCUGUCAGCGGGGGUGGUAGCGGCACAGGGGCGACCCCUGGAGCCCCCUUGUGCUGUACCCUGUGCAGAGAGAGGCUGGAAGACACCCACUUCGUGCAGUGUCCCUCAGUACCCGGACACAAGUUCUGCUUUCCUUGCUCCCGAGAAUUCAUCAAGGCGCAGGGCCCAGCUGGAGAGGUGUACUGCCCCAGCGGAGACAAGUGUCCGCUGGUGGGCUCCUCUGUCCCCUGGGCCUUUAUGCAGGGCGAGAUUGCUACCAUCCUUGCUGGAGAUAUCAAGGUCAAGAAAGAAAGGGACCCCUAGGCCAUCAGUGCCAUCAGGCUACUUUCCCCUCCCCCUUGCCCACCCACCGCAGUUGCGGAUAAAUUAUUCCCUACCGCACCCAACCUGGUACCACCCUAACCUGUGUAUAUACCCUCUUUCCCUGCCCGGAUGGAUCCCCUGGGGUAGAUACAUUGUGGGUGGGGGUAGAGCUUGUGGCUCCUGUCAGAGCUGGUGUUUGGAGUUCCUGGGCCCCUCCGAUUACCUUCUCCUUUCUUGGCUUGGCUUUUAUGCUGUUGGUAGUUGGGGGAGAGGUACCCCACUUGUCCUUGAGAAGGGACCUCCUGAGUACUUGCUCUUUAUAAAUGAAGCAAAAGCAUUUUAUUGCACCCUCCCACCCUUUUCCUCCUUCAAUAAACCGAAAGAUGGGUUGGGGUUUUUUUUUUUUUUCCCCCUACUUGGUCCCUUUAGUUGUGUGAGAUGCUGCGCCCCCUUCGGGACUGGACGUGUCCUGCGAGAGAGCGGACUUCUGCGAUGUGACCACUAGGUGGCGCCCUUUGUCCAGCGGGCGGCUGUUUGUAGUGUACAUUUGCUGUGCUCUCAUUAAAAGGUGUAGUCGAGGCCGGUUUUGCAAACGAUGGAACUGAGGUUUUGACAGGGUUUGGCUCUUGCCUGGGGACCACAGACAAGCCCGGGAAUAGGAAUGGUAUGCGCUGUAGGUGGCCGAUACUCUGAAUGUGGAAAGGAAGCAGGAGGCUUCCUAGGGCAAUUUAUCCGAAGGUACGUUUCUAGGGGAACUGCCCACGGAGAAAGUAAGCUUUACCUUCCCGAGCAAAUAAGAUGCGUAAAAGCAGGGUGAUGGCUUCUUACUUCAGAUGGUGUCCGAGAGGUGGACACUCCUGAGAAUGAGAAACUUCCUCGCAUCCUUCAUCUGGGGACAUGGCGGCCACCUUAGAACACCCAGGAGCUAAGUAAAAGGCUCUCACCCGCCGCGGCUGCUUCUGAUGUGUGCGCGGCCUUGUCCCGCACCUGUCCUGGGUGACUGAUCAUUAACCAGGAUUUCCUGCUCCCUGACGUCAGGGGGCGGGGUCUGGGGCCUAAGUAGGUUGUGGCAAAACAGGGGUUAAAAAGAGAGGAUGGCCCCAGGAACCCUGCCCCAUUCCUACUGUGACCCUUACUGGGAGAUUAGGGGAAGGAUUGGAAUGCGGAGCCACAGGGGUGAUACCUGCACAGUGAGAGUCGGGGGUUGUGUCUUCACCACUGCACAAUGCUCAGCUCUGAGACCCAAGGGUGCUCCCAAUCGUCCUCCCAGAUGUUCCCUAACCUGAACACGAACUGUCACAUGCUCGUCGGUGUACUACCAGGGUCCCCCUCCCCAUUCACUUAAAUACAUAUCACAUGCACACAUCCCACUAUCUUCUGAGUUCUUGGGCUCAAGGGUUCCGUCCCCCCUACCCCAGUGCUCAGGCAACCCCGGCACUUAUAGCCUGGGGCUCAGGGCAGGGCUGGGAAAACCAUCUCUGAUUAAAUACACCAGGUGAUAAACCACACCAGGGGUGGUGCUGGAUGGAGGGCCCCUCCUUCAAAAGUCUAGCUGAUCCAGGGCUGCAGCCCCAAGUAGUGGGGCUUUCACCCUCCCCCUAAAACCUCAGGAAUAGAGGCCUCCUCACACCUGGCCACUCUGCUCCAGGAAGGGCUCACAGCUGUGGAAGACACCUGGUCCUUUAAGAGCAGCUGGUAGGUGGGUGGGGGGCAGGGGAGUCACCCCCAGCCUGGCUGCUGUGUAUUUUAGAUAGAGGUUGGGUUAACUAUUAACAGAACAGACGUGCUGACCUGUGCAGGUGGGGGGGGGAGGCUGGGUCAGUCCCCCUUUCCCCAGUGGUCAGGUGGGGUUAGGGCGGAGGGAUUUGGGGUUUGUUUGGGAACCGGGGAGUAGGCAGAAUAAGAAAAAUUCUACAGAAAGAUCCAGAAAAUGUGGGAAUCAGCAGAGGUGAGAGAGAGGAACAAGAGGCCUGUUGGUAAGGGUUGGGAGUGGGGCUUAAGUGGUAGAAACCCUGCCUAGAGUGGGGGGACUCGGUGUGUGACUCCGUGGGACCUGCCUAGAAUCCCCCAGUGAGGGUCUGGGAAGCUUUUGCUAGGUGGUAGAAUACUUACUUGCCUAAGCAUCUGGGAAGCCAUGGGUUCCAUCCCAACACUACAAUUUUUUUUUUUUUAAAUUCACUGAGCCAGAGACAUGGGGAAAAAAUACCGCAAAAAUGAAUGAGAACAACCAGGCAGUGUUGGCACACACCUUUAAUCCCAGCAUUUGGGAGGCAGAGGCAGGUUCAUCUCUGAGUUCAAGGCCAGCCUGGUCUAUGGAGCUAGUUCCAGGACAGCCAAGGCUACACAGAGAAACCCUGUCUUGAAACAGCUCCCCGCCCCAAAGAAAACAAAUGCUCAGAGAAAGUUUAAUGGAGAGAUGUCCAGAAAGGUUGAGAAAGGCAGGUGCACAGAGAUGCCAGUCAGGCUCGGGAGCUGGGAGGAUUGGAUGCCGAGUGAUAGCCAUAAUCCCUACAUGCAAGAGGCUGAGGCAGAAACAUCAACACAAGUUCUAGGCCAACCUGGGCUGCAUGGGAACAGUCCAUCUCAAAACGCAAAAGAGAAAAGAACAGAAAGCACGUAGGCAACACUAAGACUUCAAACUUGUUCAAACUAGGAAGCUUCCGGAAAGAGAAAGCCGAAGACCUCUGGGAAGAAGUACAAGGCCAGGCCUGUCCUGAAUCCUCGGUUGUUCCCCACGUGGUGAAAACGGCCUGGCUAGUUCUUCCUUACCCUCCCAGCUUUGCUCACUGUACCUCCCCAACUGCCAGU